AUGGAUUCUUCGCAUACCUCCCAUGCCACAGCUGGCCCAUCUCAUGAGAGACAGCCCAUACCCUCAAUCACCCAUCAAAUGCCUCAAGACAGCCCAUCCAAUUGCCGUCGUAACACUGUGGCUUCGUCAGAAGGGUUUGGUGGGUUUCUUGACGAUCCCUUCAAUCCAACCUUUCGCUCGGGAGGCGGGAUAUCUAAACCAUCUAGAUCUCGUUCUGCUCUCAGGAGUCCUGCCAGCCCGAGCAAGAAACGUAAUUAUGGGGAUAGGUUCAUUCCUAGUAGAGGAGACGGCAUGGAUCUUUCGACGACAUUUCAAUUGAUGUCGGAUAGCCCAUCCACUCCAACCCGCGGUAGUACUAAAAAGACGGUAGUGGCGGCUGUCACUGAUUUGGAAAAAGGUCAAUUGACUUGCAAUUCCUUUUCAGAUGAAGCCAACCGAACCUUCACCACACUACUCAAACAAGAGACCUUUGGCACAGAGUCUUCGGACAUGGCCAACUUCAUUAAUUACCCCUCCGCCCAUUCUCGACAUGCAUCUACAGUUUCGAACUCGUCGCCGGGUACCCCACGGAAGACCAACAACAAGCUAUUCAACUAUUCCUCACCUACUCGUCGCGAACCUUCCAAUCUUGAUUCACCCACACAUCCUCGUUACAGCACCACUCCCAUAAAAUAUGAGAGCGAGCGUUUAUUGCUUUCUCCUCGUAAACCAACUCGCACGCUAAGUAAAGUACCAUUCAAAGUCCUUGAUGCUCCCGAUUUAGCCGACGACUAUUACCUCAAUCUCAUCGAUUGGAGCUCUACCAAUGUACUGGGUGUUGGCUUAGGAUCCCAAGUUUAUCUGUGGUCUGCCGCGACCAGCGCGGUGACAAGAUUGGUGGAUGUAAGUCUACCGCCACAUGCCGGGCCGGACCACGUUACUUCGCUCUCGUGGAUAGGUCGAGGGAACGUUUUAGCGAUUGGUACAGACACAGGAAAGGUUCAUCUCUGGGAUGCUGAAGUGGGCAAACGGGUACGGACAAUGGAGGGGCACGAAAGCAGGAUUGGGUGCAUGGAUUGGAAUGACUAUAUUCUUUCCACCGGAUCUCGGGACCGGACCAUUGCACACCGGGAUGUACGUGCCGCUGAGCACUGGACGGCCAAACUAGGGGCACAUAAGCAGGAAGUUUGUGGCCUGAAAUGGAAUACAGAGCUUGGUCAACUUGCAUCCGGUGGAAACGAUAAUCGCCUUCUGAUCUGGGAGGCAAGAGGAUCGAAUAGUGUACCAUUACACAGAUUCAAUGAACACACAGCAGCCAUCAAGGCCAUCAGCUGGAACCCUCACCAGAACGGUAUCCUCGCUUCCGGCGGUGGUUCGGCUGAUAAACGGAUCCGGUUUUGGAAUACACAGACAGGCCUCAUGUUGAAUGAAAUUGACACUGGAUCUCAAGUGUGCUCGCUGAAAUGGUCCAAGACUUCAAAUGAGUUGGUCUCCACUCACGGCUUUUCACCUGGCCCCAUCCAAAACCAAGUAUGUCUGUGGAAGUAUCCUAGCAUGCAACAGAUCGCUACGUUGUCUGGACACACAUAUCGUGUACUUUAUCUAGCCAUGUCCCCUGAUGGUGAAACGAUUGUGACGGGAGCAGGUGAUGAGACCUUGAGGUUCUGGCACGCGUUCCCUAAGCCAAGUAAGCUGCGAGGUGGUCUUCGAAAGAUGGACCAAGGUGGCUUAAACCUAUUUGCCAACAUUCGAUAA